AGACCUGAGAGGGACGAAAAAGCCCAAAAACGAAAAGUAGUUGCAUUGGGCAUAGGACAGGUUUCCAGCUCAACAAGGCAUCAGAGUUUCAGACGAUCCCACUUGUGCAUGUCCAAAACAUCUUCCCAGCAAUGAUAGCUCCUUUCCUUCACAAACCACAGUCUCUUUCUUGUUAUAACUAUUUCCACUUACCCUAAAAAAGUUUGCCUCAGUUUCUUCACCGUCCCCUUUAACAAGACAAACUGACAUAACCGAACUACCCUCCCCAAUAACCCAUCUUUCAUUCCCAGCAUAAAUAAUGGAACAAAAGUUUAUAUGAACCAAAACCUGUUUUUGAGUUUCUCGCAAUCAUAAAGCAGAGAGAGAGAGAGAGAGAGAGAGAGGGCGGGGGGAGUUUUCUCUCUGCUGCUUUCUUCGUUCUCAACUCGGUUCCUGACUCGUUGUUCUUCCUAACUUGUUCUUCUUUGACUCAGUUCGUCGCUCGGUCUUUUUACCAUGGACGAUCCUGCCCGUCGGAGACACGGCUCUCGCCGCCGAUCGUGGUGUUGCACGUUCAAUGUACCUCCGUCAAGUCCUGAAAACCCUUAUUUGUCACAGCAUUACCGUAGCAAUAACAGCAACUGCAAGACUAAACUGGGUCCACAAAAGACUGACUCACUCUCCAAACUCACAACCUCCAGUUCUGUCCCGAACUCACCCCAGAGUUCCAAAUCCGGGUUAACUCUUGUGGGUCGGAUUGACCCUCGUCGGAUCCUUUCACCCGGCCGAGUUUCCCCUCUUGAACACACUGAUUCCUUAGAAGAGGGUCGCCACUCUUCACACGCCGCCCCAUCCGCCGCUGUCGAUUCCAUACCCAGAUCGCGAUCGAGGAGUUUUCGGGCCAAAAUAGAGAGUCCGGAUACCCACUCGGGUAAGGAUCCGGGUCGGGUCGAAGGAGAGAGAGGAGGAGUGUACGAUGUGAGGCUGAAUUUGAAAGGUAAACAUGGUGGGGUUUUGGUGUUGGAGCUGAAUUCUGGGGUUUUGGCUUCGAAUUCGGAGGUUUUCGCGGGUUUGGUUGCGGGUUCUCUGGGGAGGAAAAUGUGUAGAAUAGAGGUUCCUGAGGUGGAAAAUUUAGGGGUUUUUAGAGAAACCAUUGAGCUUAUGUUUGAAGAAAAUAUAGCGAAGAAGCUUGUCAAAAUUGGGGUUUAUAGAGCUAUUGAUAUACUUGAGGUAUCAGCUGGCAUUAUGUUUAGCAGAGGUGUUUUGUCUUGUUUAAAGUACCUCGAAGCUGUUCCUUGGACUGAGGAAGAAGAAGAAAAAUUAAGGAGCCUGUUUACAAGGUUCAAGUUCGAUGAUGCAACAAGUAGAGAUAUCUUCGCAAGACUAUAUUCUCAGGAAUCAACAGAUACCCAUCAAAAUUUAGCCAGACAUCUUGUUUCAUCUAUCACCACCUGCUCUGAUGCCAAUGCAAGAAAUGAGCUCAAGUCACUGGUCAAGGGUCUCCUCAGCAAAAGCUCAGUUUAUGAGAAGGAGCAACCUGAUGUCAACAAGGAGGACUUCUAUGCUGUUUGCCAAUCUUGUGUGAGUCUGCUAGUCAACCUGUUUGAAGAGGCCUCCGAUGCAAUAACCCAUGAAAGGAGGGCCGAAAAGGAGAUGGGAAAGCCUCUAAUUGAACGCAUCUCCAGACAGGUGGAUAAUAUCAAUUGGCUGCUGGAGAUCUUGCUUGAUCGACAGAUAGCAGAGGAAUUUGUGGAUCUCUGGGCCCAUCAAGGGGAGUUGCUUAAAAUGCAUGAGAGAGCGUCUCCCAUGGUAAGGUAUGAGCUAAGCCGGGUUUCAGCAAUUAUAUUCAUUGCAAUGGGUACAAGGAAGCUGCACUGCCGCUCUGAGGCCAGGUCAGGGCUUCUACAAUCAUGGUUUGGCCCAAUGCUGUUGGACUUUGGUUGGCUGCAAAGAUGCAGAAAGGGGCUUGACAUGAAAGCAUUGGAGGAAGCUAUGGGUCAGACCCUCCUUACACUUCCUCUGAAGCAGCAGUAUGUGCUGUUUAUGGAGUGGUUUCGAUGUUUCUCCAAGCAUGGCACUGAAUGUCCUAAUCUCAGCAAGGCCUUCCAGAUUUGGUGGCGCAGAUCUUUUCUUAGGGGCUCGGAAACAUAUGCCAUCGAAUCAAGGUAAUUGCGUAAUAUUCUUUUAAUUUUUUGUUUCUCCCACAUGUGUGUGAUAUUGCAGCAGUGUAGUGUGAGAGAUUCACAAACAUCUGUAAGGGAAUAAUGUAGAUUCUAUGUAGAAUUGUUGUAACCACUUUACCCUGUAAGAGGAAAAUGGCAUCCUAUGUUCUUUUGAA